CGCCCAGGUGUCAGCUACAGCAGCGCCGAGGCAGCGGCGGCGGGGCGACGAGACGCGCGUGUGUUCGAGAUCGUCCGCUCGCCAGCUUGUCGUGUUGUUGUGAGGAUUGUUUUCGUGUCGGGAACAAAAAAAAAAAGAAGGAUUUGUGUGCCGGGUGAUUUCGCGCGCGGCUGGGGCGAUCCGCCGGGACAGGACAGUGCGGCGGUUAGAAGAAGAAAUAACAGGAGCGGAGGAGGCGGCCCGGCGCGACACGGCACUGCCGAUAAGGAGCGUCGUUAUCGAGAUGACGGUGCCGGCUUAUCUGGCGAUAGCGAGGUAGAGGCGCAGAGGUAGCGAGAGGCCCAGAGGUAGCGGGGCUGCCGAGGUGCCCGUGUGUGCGGCGGUGAGCGACAGUGCGCGCCACGGGCAGGCUGGCGGCCGACUGCGGGACGCCGACGCCGACGCCGACGCCUCUGGACGCCGGCGGCGCGCCGCUGCUCUUCCUGCAGCUGCACCAGCGCCACGACGCCGCCUCCGCCUUCCUGAUGAUGGAGGAGUACGGCAAGCCGGAGAGCUGCUCGCCGCCCGUGUACGGCGGCGGGGGCGGGGGCGGGCUGUCGCCGGUGUCGGUGCCGGCGGGCUCGCCGUCGCUGCAGCAGCUGCAGCAACAGCUGUACCACGCGCACGCGCAGGCGCACGCGCAGGCCCAAGCGCAGGCGCACGGCCACUACGGCGGCGGCGGCGACGAGGCGCAGGUGGCGCAGAUGCUGCCCAGCGUGCUGCCGCCUCCCCAGGACUGGCUGUCGCAGCACCAGCACCAACACCAGCACCAGUACCACCUGGUGGCCGACGUCGCCAAGAUGGCGCCCCACCACCACCAGCACCAUCAGCACCACCACCACCAGCAGCAACAGCAGCAGCAGAAGGCGCUCAAGGAGCAGCGCAUCCGCCGGCCCAUGAACGCCUUCAUGGUCUGGGCCAAGGUGGAGCGCAAGAAGCUGGCCGACGAGAACCCCGACCUCCACAAUGCGGAUCUCAGCAAGAUGCUCGGUGAGUACUCGCUCUCCUGCCUUCGCUUACCUUCAGUCUAUCCAGCCAGUCAGCAGCACGUAGCGAAGUCAUUUCGAGAGAAAUUACUACUACAGUACCUGACAACAUCUGCAUCGCCGAAACCAGGGUCAGAAAAACCUUUUACGAGGGGCGUUCAAUAAGUAAAUGCAACACUUUCUUUCUUAGCCAGUUUCGAUUGAAAAAAAUGCAUAAUUUGUUGUUGCACGUCGUGGAAUAUUCCAGAUUCAGCCCCUACAGCUUCAUGGAUGGCAGCGCUCUACGGAAUCAUCGUGGAUGGCAGCGCUCUACGGAAUCAUCGGAAUGGGGUCUAUACGGAGGUGCCUUCGAAGCAGACACCUGUCAUUGAGUUUCCUUCAGCGGAAAAUCAGAGCGUCGCAGAUAGCCAUAGGCGUUUGUAGAAGGUUUUCGGAGACCUGGCAGUGAACAAAAGCCGGAUGAGUCGUUGGGCGAGGCGUCUGUCAUCAUCGCAACGAGGUCGCGCAAACCUGUCCGAUCUCCGACAUGCCAGCCGGCCGCACGCAGCUGCGGCUCCUGCUAUGUUGCAACAUGUGGACGCUCUCGUUCGAGGUGAUCAACGGAUCGCUAUCAAACACGUUGCUGCGCAACUGGACGUCUGUUGGUAGCCCACCAGUUGGGGUACUCAGAAGGUGUGUGCCCGCUGGAUUCCUCGCCGGCUAAUAGAAAAUCAUGAAGAGCAACGAAGGACCAUCUGUGCGGAAUUGCUAGCGCGUUACAAGGGCGAUCUCGACAAUUUUUUGUCAAACAUCGUGGGUUCGUCACCUCGAACCGGAAACAAAACGGCAAUCCAUGGAUGGUGCCACGGCACGACUCCACCGAAGAAACAGUUCAAACCGCAUCCUCAGCUGGUAAAGUCAUAGCGACGGUUCUCUGGACUCUGAAGGGCCUAUCCUGUGUCAGGUCCUUCCCCAUGGUGCAACGAUCAGCUCUGAUGGUAACUGAAGAAAAGACUUUAGCGUGUCGUCGCCGCAAAAAUGCAAACCAACUUUUCCUUCUCCACGUGUACUCAAGGCCUCACACAAGUCUGCGCACCCGAGAGGAGCUUACAAAACUUCAAUCGACUGUUCUUCCUUAUCCGCCCUAAAGCCCAGAUUUCGCACCUUCCAAAUUCCACCUGUUUGGUCCAGUGAAGGAUACACAUUCCGCGGAAAGCAGAGCGUGGGUAAUGGGGAUGUUAUUGAUGCAGCAAGAUUUUGGUUCCGAUGCCGACUAGUAGAGUAGUACCAUGUGGGCAUACAGGUCCUCCCAGUAAGAUGGUGUAAGGCUGUCGCAUUGAACGGAGAUUAUGCUGAAAAAUGAGGUACUGUAGGCAAAAGAGUGGAGACUAACAUGGUGUAUUGUAAUCCUGAAUAAAACCAAUCUGCUUUCAGAAAAAAAUGUGUUGCACUACUUAUUGAAUACCCCUCGUAAUUACCAGACUCAUACACAUUAGGUACAAUAAUAGAGACACAAAGAUAUCGCAUUUUAAUUUAUUUGUUCGGGUAACCGAUUUCGGCAUGACAGCGCUAAUCUGAGCUUUAGAAAAGCAUCGACACAGAUGACGAGUCUCUGGGUUGCUGAUUUUUUAAUAUCUGGCGAUGGUUAUUCGUUCAGGUAAAUAAAACUGUGACCAAGACUGCAAGUUCUACAGCUUAUGUAGAUAAAAAGGUCACUAUUCUUCUCCAAAGGUGAAAGAGACCUCAUUUCAUAAACUCAGAUUUUCCCUUAUGGCAGACAAGACGAACAUGGCGAAAUCUAAGACGAACUAAAAAACAAUUACUUCUCAUUACCCUUCUCCACUGGAAGAACUCUUACGUAGUUGAGAUACAGGGUGAUACAAACGUCUGUGUUGCAUCUGCUUCGUCUCAACAAACUUUUGGUACCCAUCUGAAGAGUUUUCCCUUCAUACUUUUGUGGCGAAAUUGAGGUCUUUAACACAGACGCUUUAGUGUCACAUCUGGCUGAUCUUCCGCUUGGAUCUUCAGGUCAAUCAAAUCCGCAUCUCUCGUUUAUAACUUCAGUGCAAAUGCGAAAUUGAACAAACUUUUGGAAAAGGUUGCAAUUUCUGGGGACAACAUCGUCUGUAGUUACGGCCACUAGAAAUUCUUCAAGACUCCAUUAAUUACGUGGCUAAUAUAAGGGUUCCAGAGCGUUGUAAACGGCGUAUGCUGAGUUACGUUUAACUGUUGCUUGAAAGCUGUUGAGACAAAGCUGCUGUUAUGGAAGAUUGAUGGAUGGAAAGUGUAAUUGGUAGCGCCAGACACAUUUUCUUGCACUAUAAAUAUGCAGUCAUCGCCGCAAAGGAUUGCCUAAUACCAUAAAAAGUCGGAACAAUUUGUUGUAACUGUCACAUCGUUGUAUACUGAAUUCGAUUGCUACAUAUCAGAUUCAGAAUACAAACAGAAAAAAAUAUUAAAAACUCUCACGUAUUAUAUAUUCCCAGCAUUUUCUUCUUCAACGAUAACUCUUUCUACUUCGUUGUAUGAUAUUGCAAAUUAACUGGAAAUCAGACUCCUUUCUGCAUUGAGUCAGACAGAAAGCAUGUUUCUAAAAACUUCGCGAUGAUGUUCCGGGAUCGUCAUUAACCGAAAUCAAAAUUUACCGUAGCCUGCUCCAGCCUUUUUCCCUUGGCGUUUCGUAUGCUAAUGACAAAUUGUGGGAAAGUGAC